AUGAAGUUAAUAAUAGACGUGGAUACUGGAGCGGAUGAUGCCAUGGCUAUACUUUUUGCAGUAGCUCAGUGUCAUUCAGGAACGGAGAUUCUGGCAAUAACAUGUGUGAAUGGUAACAUAGAUUUAAAUAACGUCAGUAGAAAUACUCUCAGAACUUUGCAGUAUGCAGAUGCAUUACACAUUCCUGUUUUCGAAGGUGCCUUCAAGCCGCUUCUUUCUCAAGGCAACACUGAGGAUGCUAAGAAUUAUUUUGGAAACGACGGUAUGGGGAAUGCUGAGUGGACUGAUCCUGUAGAUACGGGGAUGGUACAAAAAGAGAAUGCCAUACAGACUAUGAUAAGAUUAACGAAGGGAAAUCCUGGGGAAAUAACUCUAGUUACAUUAGCUCCGUUAACCAAUGUAGCUCUAGCUCUCCAAUUAGAUGAAACUUUCAGCUCCAAUCUAAAAGAAGUGUUGAUCAUGGGAGGAAAUAUGGAAGGUAAAGGUAAUGUCAGUUUUUCAGCAGAGUUUAAUUUUCACGUGGAUCCUGAAGCCGCUGCUAUUGUUUUACAAGAUCUGAAAUGUCCUGUUACCAUGGUAACGUGGGAAGCUUGUCUGAAUGCUUCGAUAUCUUGGAGCAUUAUGGAUGAAUUGAUUGUGUCAUCAUCAUCAAAAAACAUGGAAUUCUUCAAGAAAGUUUCUUCUAACGAAUUUAAACAUAGAGAUAAGUGGGCUAAAUUGGGUCUUGAUGACUUCCGGUCAUGUGAUUGGAUCGCAAUGAUGGUAUUAUUUGACAGCUCUGUCUGUUUGGAGUAUAAAGAAGUCUAUGCAAGCGUCGAGACACAAGGAAGAUUAACUCGUGGUAGUGUAGUGAUAGAUUGGCUGAAUUUACAGAGUGAGAAACCAAACGUACGACUCGCAAUGAAACUUAAUAAGGAAAAAAUCUUCCAAAUUAUGAAGGAAUUUCUGAGCUAA